AUGAACAUCGAGGGCCUCCACGCGCUGGAGAACCUGACCGCGCAGCUGUACUCCAGCCACUCGAAGGAUGCGCGGGACUCGGCCGAGGCCAUGCUCCGGCCCUUCUCGACGGAGAUCGAUCGCCUGGGCGACUGCAAGAUGAUCAUCGAGCAGUCCCGGUCGCCAUACGCCCUGAAGUUCGCCCUUUCGUCGUGCACCAAUCCCCCCCUCAUCCACCUGGGCCUGAUUCUGCUCCAGUGCCUGGUCACCGAGAUCGACCAGGCCUCGGGCAUUUGGGUGCACUCGUCGCAGCACCGGAAGCUGGCGUCCAUCUUCCGUGACAACCAACUGCUCCACAUCUUCGAGCACUCGCUCAAGCUGCUGAUGUCCUUCCUGAAGAUGAAGCCCGACGAGCUGGGCAUGGACGGUCCGCGCGUCAUUGAGAGUCUCUUCGUGCUGAUCCGGUCAUGCUUGUCCUUCGACUUCGUUGGCGCCUCGUCCCAAGAGGAGGGCUCCGAAGAUGCGGCCACCAUCCAGGUGCCGGACAGCUGGCGCGCCGCUCUGAAGUCCCCGCCGGAUGAGCCCGGCCCCGCCGAGGCCCUCUUCAAGUCGGUCACCUACUUUGGCCAGGACCUGGCGGCGCUGCCCAUGGAGUGCCUGGUCCUGGUGUGCUCCUUCCGGCGGUCUUUCUUCCCGGCCGCGGCCGACCGGCUAAACUUCCUCAACAAGCUGGUCACCGGGUCGAACAACCUGCUGAAGGAUGGGUCCUUCCUGUCGAAGGAGGAUGCCUACCACGAGUUUUGCCGGUUCCUCUCGCGGCUGAAGUUCUACUACCAAUUGUCGGAGGUGACCGCCACGACGGACUACUUCGACUGGAUCAACUCGGUGUACAACUUCACCCUGCAGGCCCUGCAAUCGUGGCACUGGUCGCCCAACAGCCUGCAGUAUAUCCUCUCCUUCUGGGACCGGAUCUUCCAGUGGGCCUUCCUGCACCUGGACAUGGCCAUCUCGCAGCAGAUCUCCAACUUCGCGGCCUCCAUCUGCCGGACCUACAUCAAGACCCGGCUGGCCAGUGUGACCAUCAGCUCCGGCGGGCCCGGGCCCGGGGAUGCCAAUGGCCCGGGCACCGGCGCGACCGGCAGCCCCGGCGAUGACAACCCCCUGGACGAGGAGGAGCUCCUGCUCGGGGAGCUGGACCUCCUGUCCUCGGCCCUGCGUUGCCAUUACGAGACCACGGCGCUGGAAAUCACCAAAAUGAUCGACCAGCUGACCAUGAACUACCAGUCGAUGCUGGCCAUGGGCCAGACCGCCGACCGGGCCGUCACCGAGGCACACCUGGCCUGGCUGGUGUACAUCGCCGGGCGGUGCAUCGCCGGGCGCAGCAUCUUCAAGCCCACCGACGAGCAUGACCGCCUGGAUGGCAGCCUGGUGUGCUCGGUGCUGCGUCUGAGUGGCGUCCAUGAUAAUUGGAUUUCCAGCCCGGCGGCCCCGCCUCCCGAGCGGCUGUCCUUGCAAUUUGCCAUCCAUGCAUUUGUCCUGCAAUUCAAGAAGACCUACCUCUCGCCGCAGACGUCGCACACGGCCCCGGCCCCGGUGUUCGGCCCGCUGGCCCAGCACUUUGCCAUUGCCAACAUCGACGGGGCCCUGGAUUACAUUGUCAACAUGCUGGUCCGGUGGCUGCUCAUCUGGCCGAACCAGCCGCAGGUCAUUGCCCGCACGGUGACCGAGCUCAACACCCUGACCUUGAGCUACUCCCUGGUCCGGGUGUUUUCCCGCCUGCCCGUGGCCUCCAAGCUGCUGCAGAACUUCUCGCCCAAGGAAUUCCCCUUCAUGCAGCACCAGGCCAAUUGGAAGAUGCGGGUGUGCUUCGUGCAGAGCCUCACCCGGCUGCUGCUGGCCGCCGGCGAUUCCGAGGAUGCCUUCGAUGCCUUUGUCUCGUCGCUGGAUGAGCGCUUGCGCCAGCUGAUCCACGCCUCGGCCAGUGGGUCGCUGGUCGGCAUGGAGAUCGAGGCGGAGCUGAUCUUCCGGGAUCUGCGUGGCAUUGUGACCGCCUGCCAGACCAAGCGCCACUACCAGAUUUUCUUCAACUGGUUCUUUGAGUCCUACUUUUCCAUCAUCCCGGCCUGCCUGGCGGCCUUCUCCCCUCGGUCCUCGGUCUCGGUGGCCGGGCUGAAGUUCGUGGCGGAUUUGGCCCACAACAAGAGCCAGCGUUUGGUUUUCGAGACCUCCUCGGCGGAUGGGAUCCGCCUCUUCCGCGGGGUGGCGGCCGCGGUGACGGCCUUCGGCGAGCGGCUGCUCAACUCCCUGCCCCCCGGUGCGUCUGGUUUCAAGGCCAUGCUGGCCUGCUUCAAUGCCCUUUACCGGGCCCUGAGCGGGCUUUACGUCUGCUUCGGGGUCUUCGCCCUGUAUGGGGAUGCCUCGCUGAAGAAUGCCCUGUCCAUGUUUGUUCGCCUCUGCCUGUCGGUACCGCUGCGAGAUAUGAUGAACCUGCCCAAGUUGACGAUCGCCUAUUGCGAGUUGACGCAGCAUGUCCUCUCGACGGAUCACCUUCUGGCCAUGCCAGACAUCCCCCUGCAGGCCUUCGUCUACAUGCUGGCAUCCUUCAGCGUCGGGUCCAAGUCUCUCGGCUCCAAGCCCUCGACUCUGUCGUGUGCAAACCUCGACAGCAUCAGCCGCUUCAUCUGGGACGAGCUCUACUCGCCGCUGGUCAUCCGCCGCCGAGUGAAGCAGCUGGCCGCGCAGAAGCAGCUCCCCGCCUCCUCGCCCAGCACCAUGCUCAGCCUCCGGUCGCAGCUGGCCAUGCCGGUCGCCGGCGCCGAUCUAACCUCCCUCCCGCCGGACCCGACGCUUCAUCCAUUCAUCCGCUUCUCCACCGAGCGUCCGGAACUCCUGCAGUACAUCAUCGUCCAGCUGCUGCAGACCCUCAUCUUCCAGGACUCGCACAUUUUCUGGUCCCUGUCGCGGCCACUCCUGCCGCUGGUCCUGCUGUACGAGAAGUUCUUCUCCGAUCUGACGCAGGAGCUCAUCGAGUACCAGACCCCGGCCCUGCAGCCGACCCUCAAGGAGGCCUUCGAUUGCCUGAUGAAUGGCGUCGAGCGGUCGCUCAGCGUCAAGAACCGCGAUCGCUUCGUCCACAACAUCCUCCUCUUCCGCCGGCUCAUCUCGGCCUCCUCUUCGCAGCUGGUUCCGAGCGAGCGCUUCCAGGCCAUCCUCAACAAUCCACCCUGGGCGGAGCUCCUCGGUUGA